GACCGUAGUGGCGCCGCCAUAGCGGAACGUGGCAUUUCAUCCUAACGUGAGAUAGGGUUUGGCCGUUUCUGGGGAAAUAAUGCCGGUAAAACAGAUCGCUGAUGAAGCUCGAUUCCAAGCAGAGUUGUCCAACUCUGGAGUGAACCUCGUUGUUGUUGACUUCACGGCCAGCUGGUGUGGGCCCUGCCAGAGGAUCGCACCUCACUUCGAGUCGCUGAGCAACAAGUACACUCAGGCGGUCUUCCUGAAGGUGGACAUUGACCAUUGCCGGGAAACAGCGCUGUCGCAAGGCGUGAGCGCCGUGCCCACGUUCAUCUUCUUUCGGAGCAAAGCCAAACUGGCUACCUUGAGGGGUGCUGACCCGGCAUCUCUGGAAGCAAAGAUUCAGGAGCUGCUGGGCUCAGAACCCUCCGAGGGAACUUCGUCCGAGACGGUGCAGGGCCAUGUCGACAUGUCAACAUUCUAUGAUCGAAGUGCCCAGGAGUGCUUGAAUGAGUCUGACGACCACCCCCUCGCUGGCUGCCUUUCCUCGGGUGAUGGCUACCUGGAAUCUGACUGCGAUGAGCAGCUCAUCAUCUCUCUGGGCUUCCUCCAGCCUGUCAAACUGCACUCACUCAAGGUUCAAGCUCCAGCCACUACUGGCCCCAAGACUGUGAAGCUCUUCAUCAACCAGCCUCGAACACUAGGAUUUGAUCAGGCAUUGGGAAUGGAGCCAGUUCAGCUCUUAGAGCUCUCUGCAAAUGACCUUGAGGAAGGUGCAGUCAUACCACUUCGCUAUGUAAAGUUUCAGAACGUCCAGAACCUGCAGAUAUUUGUGAAGGACAACCAGUCUGGGUCAGAGACCACUCGCAUCAACUACCUGGUGGUCUAUGGAAGCCCUAUCAACACAACCAACAUGGGAGAGUUCAAGAGGGUGGCUGGCAAGAAAGGAGAGAGCCACUAGGAUUCUGAAGCUGCCUUACUCGAAGAUGCCUUUUGCCUCCGAGCCUCUGGUUCGCCGAUAAUUGCUCGUUUUUGUCGCUUUCAACUGCCCCUGAAGAUGCACACUUUCAGCCUUGCUGGUACAAUUGUCAAGGAAGCACUUUUUGUUAGGCGAGGUUAAAAGGAAAUACAGAUGCAUUUGGAGUGUCUGUGUGUGUGGGCUAAAUAAAUUGUUUGCAGAAACCUCA